GGCGACACUUGAUUUUGCCAUCUUCAUUCUAUCAGCUGUUCGGAGUUCGGAAUGUUGCAAAGUGAAUAUGGCAGCAAAAUUAUUAGGGUUGGAUAAGGCCGCGACACUUCUCCGUACCGUACGCGAUCACGGUGGUAUUAUCGGUUCCAUCAAGACACUGUUCAGAGUGGACGAACUGAAGAGUGGUACUUUGGUCGGAGAAGACAAGUAUGGGAAUCGAUAUUAUGAGAAUAAUGCGCACUUUGUAGGUCGUAACAGAUGGAUAAUAUAUGCGGAUAAAGUUGGAUUGAAUUAUGAUGGCUCACAAGUUCCUGCUGAAUGGUAUGGUUGGUUACACUACAAAACAGAUUUGCCACCUCACAAAGACCCAUCUCGACCAAAAUAUAAAUGGAUGCAAGAUCAUCAACAAAAUAUGAGUGGUACAGAUCAAGCUUACAUGCCCUAUAGUACUACAAGACCCAAGAUUGAACCUUGGCGGCCACCACAGUGACAAGUUUAAUUGAAGAAGAGAUACAUACAGAGCAAAGUAGUUAACUCAUAACAAUAGUGGAAUAUUCAAUGUAAAUAAAGACUAUACCAGAAUAAAAAUUAUAGAUAUUUAAUGAA